GCAAGACAGAGGAGACAGUCUGCCUCUGAGAGUCAAGGCAAACAAAAGAGCAUUUCUCCAUGACAGCCUCUUAGCCCUCCCUUCCCACAUCUCUCUUUAUCCCAAAUCUGCUCGCUUGAGCAUUUGAAGAGACACAACUGCCAAGGAAGUGAGAAACAGAAGCAGGAAAAGAAGUCCUGUUGCCAAAAUCUUGCAAUGAUUACAAAGAUGAAGAUACUCUCUCCUCUUCUUUUUCUGAGCCUGGUACUUGGGACUAACGCAACACCUUCAGUCCGGCUUUCCUGUUACAGGAAAAUAUUAAAAGAUCACAACUGUCACAACAUUCCACCAGGAGUGGCCAGCCUCCGGCCAAUUGAUGGUCAUCUUCAAGAUCAUUUUUGGGAAGGGAAAGGCUGCGAGAUGGUCUGUUACUGCAACUUUAAUGAACUACUCUGCUGUCCAAAAGAUAUCUUUUUUGGACCAAAGAUUUCAUUUGUAAUCCCUUGUAACAGCCCUUGAAGAAUACAUCAGAUUUGAGAAAGGAAGAUAAAUACCAGACUGAGAUGCUGAAGACCGGAUCAAGCCCUAUACUUUUUAUAUCAUGGAACACUUCGUGCAAAAGAGAAGUUUAAUAUGGACAAUUAUUUCUAUGCAUCUGCUGUAGUUUUCUGCAACCAAGACUAACAGACCAAUACUAACCAUAUUUAUGCCAAAGUAAAUAGUAUACCCUUGGUGGUAAUGAUACAGCUAAAAUGAAUUGGGCUUGUAAGUCACAACUAGUUUAUGGCACACUGAUUUCAAUGGAUGUAUCUACACUGUAGUAUUCAUGCAGGUUGACAUAACUUUAAUUGCCAUGAUGGCUCGACACUAUGGAAUCAUGGGAAACCUGUUUUAGUGGGGCACCAGCACUCUUUGUAAAACUACAAUUGUCAUGACUCCAUAGCAUUUCAUCAUGGCAGAUAAAGUGGUGUCAAACUGCAUUGACUCUCCAGUGGAGAUGCAUCAUAAAAUCAUAGAGUUGAAAGAGACUCCAUGGGCCAUCCAGUCCAACCCCCUGCCAAGAAGCAGGAAAAUUGCAUUUAAAGCACCCCCGACAGAUGGCCAUCCAA